GACGUCAGGCGUCGCCCUCCCCCCCCCUGCCUCCUCGGCCGGAGGCUGCCAGGCCGCUUCCUCUCAGCCCAAUGCAUAUGUACCUCCAUGUCCUGCCCUGCUGCAUCACGUUCUGGUAGAUUGCCUCUUCUAAAGCAUUUCCAGCUUUACCAAAAAUACUGAAUUUCACUUGAAGGAGCUAAAAGGACAUUUUAAUGCCUUCUAUAAAUUAAGAAAACCUGGAGACGCUGAACCUACAGACAGCAGAAGUGUGGCUAAACAGAAUUUAAGCAUUGGGUUGGAAGACAUCCCAGGACUGUAACUGGUGAAAAGCUUUUAAUUCAUCUCAACCCUUUCCUUAAUUUUAAUUUUGGAUCACAAUGAGCACAGCUCCCAGGAAACGCAGGAUGAUACCUUCCCAGCAGGCGAGAAGGGUGCGGCGACGGCACAGAUCUGCAGAAGUGGAGGAGCCACAAGCAGACAUGGUUGAAAGUGUCCCGGCAGGUGGCGAGGUGGUUGACCUGACCUGUGAAUCCACUGAACCCGUGGUUGUUGACCUCACCAACAAUGACUCUGUGGAGAUUGUGGAUGAAGAUCUCUCCUCGACAAUCAAUCAGCCGAGUUCAGCUGAAGACCAUCCUGGCAGAACGCAGUCAGAUAGCUGCAUUCUUUGCAGUGAUGAAGAAGAUGGCAGAGCAGACGGGAGCAGCAGCCUGUCUGAUCAAAGCGAAGCAGGUGGACCUCAGGGACAACACCUUCACUCCGCCUUGUGCAACAAAGACUUGAGAUCUGAUCAAGUUGUUUACGGCAAGUCUUCCUCAGGAACCAUUAGCUGUCCUAUUUGCAUGGACGGUUACACAGAGAUUGUGCAAAGUGGGAGGCUGAUUGUCUCCACGAAAUGUGGUCACGUCUUCUGCAGCCAGUGCAUCCGGGACUCUCUCAAAAACUCACACAUGUGUCCGACCUGCAGAAAGAAACUCAACACACGCCAGUACCACCCCAUCUACAUCUGACCGCCGGUGGGGAGGGAUGGGGGUGUUUUCCUGGUGAAAUGGAUCCACCCACCUGCGCGUUGGCCCCUCCCUCGGAAUCCCGCGACGUUCUACAGCUUCCGCAGCGGGCAGGCAGGGGGCGCUCUGCGUCGGAGACCGAAGCUCGCCGCGCCGGCCGGCCGCCCGUCCCUGCCCAUCGCACCCCAUCGACUUGGUUGUGAUUUUUGUUUCUGAAUGGGGUUUGGGUGGGAGGGGGCGGGCAACGGCGGCAGGUGAGAAAUAAAGCAAAGCUCCAGCGUGCUCCAGUUGCCAAGUGAA